CUCUAAUUGGGCUGGGCUUAUUUUUUGACCAUUAUCACUAGAUUUUUAUAAAGUCAGAUUUUUGUUCAUUUAAAUUAUGUUAUGUAAAGUAAAUCUAUUCAAAUUCAUGAUUAUACUGAUUAUUAAACUAAAAUAAUAAUUAAUACAUGAAAAACCAGUUAUUACGAUUUUUAGUUAUAUUAUUAUUAGAUAAUCGGGUUUGACACACCCCUUGGCCCUUUGUACCCCACCUUGACAAUCCGAGUACAGUUGAAGAUCAUCUCGUUCACAGUUGGCACCGAUUUCAGCCAAUACACCCUUAUCCAAACCCAAUAAUCUCAUCUUCCUCUCAUCCAUUUCCAACCAAUCCUUUCUCUUAAUCUCUUCUUUACCCUCGGCUUCCAUUUCUGCAAUCACACUCACCAAACCACCGCCUCCUCUCUCCACCACAACCAUGGCUGCCACUUCAUGUUUCCAUGCUCUCUCAACCCCAGCCUGCAGAUCAUCAUCGUCUUCAUCUCGCCAGGCUCCGAUCAAGCCCAACCAACUCAUCGUCUGCCGCUCACAGAAACGAGAUGAAGCUACAACCGCCGACGCAUCAAUAUCUCGCCGGUUAGCUCUCACUGUUCUCAUCGGAGCAGCUGCUGUUGGCUCCAAGGUUUCUCCCGCAGAUGCUGCCUAUGGUGAAGCAGCCAAUGUGUUCGGGAAGCCGAAGUCGAACACGGAUUUCGUGCCUUACGAUGGUCCGGGAUUCAAGCUGUCGAUCCCAGCGAAGUGGAACCCUAGCAAAGAGGUAGAGUUCCCUGGUCAGGUGCUUCGUUAUGAAGACAACUUCGACACCACAAGCAAUCUUAGCGUCAUGGUUACUCCUACUGAUAAGAAAUCGAUCACCGAUUAUGGCUCCCCCGAAGAGUUCCUCUCAAAGGUGGAUUACUUGCUUGGGAAACAAGCUUAUUUCGGGAAAACCGCAUCUGAGGGAGGAUUUGAACAAGAUGCAGUUGCAACAGCAAAUAUAUUGGAGGUUGCAACUCCGGUGAUCGGAGGAAAACCAUACUACUCGUUGUCUGUGUUAACAAGGACGGCUGAUGGAGACGAGGGUGGUAAGCAUCAACUGAUCACCGCCACUGUGUCUGACGGAAAACUUUACAUCUGCAAGGCGCAAGCGGGUGACAAGAGAUGGUUCAAAGGAGCAAAGAAAUUUGUUGAAGGCACUACAUCAUCAUUCAGCUUAGCUUAAGAGAUUGUCUCGAGUUUGUAAUUAGUAAUUGCCAUUCCCAUGGUGUUUCUUUUGCCGUACGCUCAUCAAAUUCCUUGAGACGUUUGUGUUUCUUUGAUCAAGUGGAAUGUGGAUAAAUUGUCUAAACUUAAUCAAUAUAAGGACCCUUUUGCAUUACUUGAGGAACAUUUUGCUAUUGUGUUACAAGAUCUUGUCACAUUUACGUAUGAUGGUUCUUAGAGUUUGGUGUUGUCCAAGUAUAUUUGAAAGUUGAGUGUUGUAUCUUGCAAAUCUAUAUAUACUUGUAAAAGAGAGGUUUUUACUUGAACCAUAUUUGAAACUUGCGCAUAAAUUUUUAA